AUGUUGAUUGUAUUACUACUCAUCUCAUUUACAUUCGCUGAAUGUAUCUUUUCUCAAAUACAACAAAAAACAGAAAGUCCAUUGUAUCAUCCAAAAAGAAAAUUAGCAAGUGACGACUCUGAAUGGGUUCCAUUAAAUGUUAAGUUUGAUACUAAUGCAUUAAAUUAUGGUAGUGGAUAUGUAAGUACUCCACCUGUUUGUUUUGUUGUAUCAGGAACCUGUACACAAGAUAAUUUGUUAACACAAGAGAAAAAGGCAUAUAUUAUAAGAAUUAUAGAUGAAGUACAACGUUUAAUUAAGAAAUAUUUUAGAGUACAUAAAGGAACGUUAGCCACAUUAAAAUCAAGUAUAAAAGAUAAAGAUAGAUGUGGAGAAAUUUCUAGUAUAAAAGAUAACUCAAUUGCUGAUGACAUUGGAAUGGUAAUGUAUGUUACUGCACAUCCUAUUGACUCACAAACUGUAUUGGCUUAUGCCGCAUCAUGUGGAAGUGCUACUGAUGCAAGCUCUACUAAUCCAAAUAAUCAGAAACGAAAUAUUUUUGGUUAUACAAAUAUUAACCCAGCAAAUUUAGAUGUUAGUGAAGGAAAAUUCAGAAUCAAUGUCCAUACUGUCCUUCAUGAAACAAUGCAUGCAAUGGGAUUUGUAUCACCUACUGGUAUGAUGUCUAUUUCUAAAGGAAGAGGAACAGAGACAGUACCUGUUGUUACUAGUGAAAAAGUUCUUAAAGUUGCUCGAGAGCAUUUUGGUGAUAAUUCAAUUUCAUAUGUAGAGUUUGAGGAUGGUGGAGGGAGUGGAACUGCAGGAGCUCAUUGGGAAAAAAGAGUUCUUUAUAAUGAAAUUAUGACAGGAACAGCAUCAUCUUAUUCAGUCAUUUCUAAUUUCACAUUGGCAUAUUUUGAGGACCUAGGAACUUAUUCAGUUAAUUAUAGUGCUGCUGAACCAUUAACAUGGGGUAAAGGUAUGAAAAAAGAUUUUUUCAAAUGUUCUAAUUGGCCAACACAAGCUCCAUAUUAUGGUGAGACUCAAGCAAGGGGAUGUACUCCUGAUAGAGGAGCCAUUGGAAUUUGUGAUACUUCUGUUCGUAAAGACUUGCCUAAAAUUUAUCAAAAUUAUGAAGACCCAACUAAAGGAGGGAUGAUUGAAUUAAUGGAUUAUUGUAUUCACACAACAUUAGUUUCAGGAGGUCAAUGUUAUGAAAAGAGUGUAUUAUCAACCGAAAAUAUUGCCUCAUUAUCAUUCCUUGAUAGAGGAAGUUCAUAUGGAAAAGAUUCAAGAUGUUUUUCAUCUAGUUUAAUGAAAUAUUCUAUUCCAAUUAGUGACUUUAGUUGUUAUAGAGUAAAAUGUGUAGACCGAGGAUAUAGAGUUAAUGUUAAUGGAAAUUGGAUUCUUUGUCCAUCAGGAGAAAGUAUUAGUGUUACUGGAUAUGGUGGAGUAAUUACAUGUGUGAAUCAAAGUGAAUUAUGUAAUGGCGAAGUAGAAGAAUGGCCAGAUAUAUGGAGGACAGACCCAGUAAAAGGAAAAGCGGGGUCUAUAGUUACACUAAUUGGUGAUUAUUUCAGUCACAUGAAAAAAGUAUAUAUUGGAGAAACAGAACAAACACAAUUUUCUAUUGAUAAUUCCAAUCAAGUCAGAGUAAAAAUUCAGUUUAAUGAUCCUUUUGUUAAUCUUAUCCAACUUCUUUCUGAUGGUUAUGUUACAGUAGAUAUUAAAAUUGGAGAUGGAAAUGAUAUUAAUGCAGUAUAUCAAAAUUUUAAAUUACAAGUUGAAUUAGUUGAAGUAGUACAAAACGUUGGUCAAUGGUUAUAUAAAAACCUCUUCUUUACAGUUGGUAUUAUUAUCUUCCUUAUCUUCUUAGUGUUAUUAUUUGGUUUUAUCAUUACAAAAAGAAUCAUUUACAGAAGAGCAAAACAAGUUGCAAGAAAUCUUGUUUAA